AUGCCGCCCCUGGACAAAAUGAUAACCCGGAGUCUGGGCGCUACAGCGUCGCGCUUCAGUCCAUCAUCUCUCAGUUUCCUCUCUUCUCCUCUUUCUCCACACAUCGUCAAAAUGGCGAGCGAUCUCUCUAUUGAGCAAAACAAUAAGAUCCGAGUCACUCUUGGCCUCAAGCCACUCCCUGUUCCUGGCGCCGGCCCAGAAUUCAGAGAAGACGACAGCGAGUCCGGUGAGGAAGAGGACCCAGCUAGCACUAUCGAAACACGCCCGGCGGAAAGUUAUGACAACUGGAAGAAGGUUCAAGAUGCCGCUGAAGCUAAACGGAAACGAGACGAAAAGAAUGCCGCCAUCAAGCGGGCGCGUGAUAUCGCCCAACGGAAUCUUCAACUUCAAGGAACCACACUUGGUGAGGUGAACGGCGAGGAACUCGAUACCAAGGCGUUUCUGGCACAAACCAACAAAAACCGAAAGAAAAUCGAGAAGGAUCGCGCCCGGCGACUCGCCGAGGAACUCGAGGAGCGGGAGCGUCUUGCAGCCGCCGAGUACACUGCAGCUGAUCUGGCUGGAAUUAAGGUCGGACACUCUGCGGGUGCUUUUGAGGGUGGCGAAGAUCACAUCCUGACACUGAAGGACGCCGCGGUGGACGACGACGAAGAGGACGAUGAGCUCGAAAACCUCGAUCUGGUUGAGAAGGAAAGAACCGAAGAGAAGUUGGAACUCAAGAAGAAAAAGCCUGUCUACGAUCCUACUGCAGAGAACCAGGGCAUCCUUUCACAGUACGACGAGGAGAUCGAGGGUAAAAAACGGAAGCGAUUUACACUCGACGCCCAAGGUUCGACCGAGGAACGCGAAGCAAAGCGACAGGAAGUUUCGAACCAAUUGCGGAAGAACAUAAUCAGUCUCGACUUUGAGCCGGAAGUGCCGGCCUCCGAUUACAUGGACAUUAGCGAGGUCAAAAUUAAGAAGCCCAAGAAGAAGAAGGCCAAAGCUACAAAACGGGGAACUUUUAUGGAGGACGACGAGAUUGCCCCGGUUACGGAUUCCAACGAUGCGCAAGGGUCCUCAGCCAUGGAUAUUGAUUCAAAGGCUGGAGUCCCAGUCCCUGCUCGCCGCAAGCCCAUCAAUGAGGAUGUUUCUUUCGUGGAUGAUGAUGAUCUUCAAGCCUCUCUUGCAUUGCAACGACGGGCAGCCUUCAAGAAACGCAAGAAGAUUAGUCCCGAGGAACUUGCGAAGCAGCUUCGAGAAGAGGAGACUCAGACCCCAAUGGAGAUUGAAAGUCCGGAUGGUGAAGACGAGGAGCCUGGUCUUGUUAUCGAUGAAACAUCAGAGUUUGUCUCAAAUCUACACAAGCCUACUCUCCUAGCGCAGGAAGAGAAACCGACUCGAGCUGUAGCCAAAGUGCGUGAGAGCCCCGAAGGAGAGGCCGAAGCAGAGAUCGAAGGAGAGGGUGUGGAGAUUGAUAUGGACCGUUACGCCGAUAUCGAUGACGAAGAGGAGCUGGCCGCGCGAAUCAAGCGCGAUCAAGAAUCUACGACCGAGCCACAACAACUCACUGUGACAGGUCUAGAAGAGGAAUCAAGUCUAGACCAGGGUCUAGCUGCUACUCUAUCAAUGUUGAAAUCACGUGGCCUCGUCAAAGAUAACGACGGCGGCCAGAAGAACGCACUCAUGCGCGAUCGCCAGCGUUUCUUGGCCGAGAAAUUGAACCGCGAGACCGAAACCGAGCGACGCGCCCGCCAGCAACGUGAGCGAGAUCGUACCUCCGGCAAGCUUGAGCGCAUGUCAGCUCGUGAGCGCGAGGAGCACGCACGCUGGGAGAACAAGCAUCGUGACCAGCAGGAAGCACGUCAUAUGGCCGAAGUGUUUAACAGCCAAUACAAACCCGACGUCCAGCUGCGGUAUGUGGAUGAGUUCGGUCGUAAUAUGAACCAAAAAGAAGCCUUCAAGCAACUCAGUCACCAGUUCCACGGCAAGGGAAGUGGAAAGAUGAAGACCGAGAAGCGUCUGAAGAAGAUUGAAGAUGAAAAGAAGCUCGAGUCUAUGAGUACUCUAGACGGCAGCCAGAACAACCCCAUGAAUACUGUUAUGGACACUGCUGCACGGAAGAACCGCCAGGCUGGUGUUCGUAUGGGCUGA